AUGAACAAGUCAGCUAAUGGAGGAGUAAAGAAAAAGCGCACGAAAGUCAGCAGAGCCUGUGACAACUGCCGUAGACGCAAAAUCAAGUGCACGGGUGCGCAGCCUUGCCUAAACUGCCAGACGUACAAAUGCACUUGUACUUAUGGACUUCAGUCUCCAUCUUCGCUCAGUUCGGGAGACUCCUCAAGCAACUUACACAAGACCACAAAAGUUUCCCCGCCAACCAACUCUAAACUCCCGGAGGAGCUCGGCGGAUUCAUGUCAACCGUGUCCCCGAUCUCAUCCCAUUCCAACCCGGUUGCUUCUCCCCAUUGCGAUGGGUCCAAUGGGCUUUAUGAGGACGACAGCCACAUUCUGCAACAAAUAGGUUUACUUACAGACAGUAUUCGAUGUUUAAAGGGGGCCCGGCCUUCGCAGUCAGUCGCAGAAGCUAUUCAGAAGAUCAAAAGCCAAAUUAUUUCAAUCGAGUCUAAUUGGAAACCUUGUGUUCGACAAGCAGCGAUCCGCGAUAUUCAACCCACUGGAGCGUCCCUAGAAACGCAGUUAAUGAUCAACAAAUACACUCAAAAAUUAUCGCUUACCAAGUAUUCUACAAUUGAGCCGUCGUCUUUUUUAACUAAAAACAGCGCGCUUAAUCAACAUCCGGCUGUAGACGAUAUUUUCGGACUUUAUGGCCCUAGUUUGCUACUUUCUUUGAGGGGUAUAGGUUUCCUUUUCAAACACUUCUUCGAUCCUGGUGUGAAAAUGGCUAUCGAAUACAAGACCACUUUAUUCUUGAUGCUGAGAUUUUUCGAUGCCUGUAAUUACUAUUUGGAAUUAGAGGUUAAGUCAUGGUCGGCGCCAAUUGAAAAUCACUACAGGUUAAGCGGACAGCUUUUCCUUUCCAAAGAAAAAGCUAUACACGAUAUGUUAAAGAGUAUUCCUCAAGAGCUGAUACGAAAGACGAGAGUUGAAUUCCCGCUGUUUGAGCGGCCUCCAAGCACACAUGACAACAUAAAAAUGUUUCAUUGGAUUUCGCGAAUGAUGUUUAUUUCUUGUCGAGAGUCUAAUUGCAACGUAUCGGAACCUAAAGAUUGUUCAGAAUUGGUGCCUGAAAUCUUGGAAUUUUUGCAAACCGAAGAGAUAUUGUCUGUUCUCGGUUUUGAGUAUCUGAACGUCACAAGUUACACUCCUGUUGGCGACCUCGACUACUUGCAAUCUCUCCUUUUCAUCUUAAAACAUCAAUAUUGGGUUGGAGAGUGUCGUGUUUUCUCUCAAUUGCUGUCAAUGGCUACUGGAUACGCCCAGAACUUAGGACUACAUCGUUGGGAAUAUUACGUUGGUAUUGAUGAAAAGCUAGCAGAGCGAAGGAGAGGGCUGUGGUGGAAGUGCUAUUUCUGGGACAAGUUUUUUUCAAUUCAAACCGGUAAGCAUGCUAUUAUACCGGACUGCAGCAUCAGCUGUCUUCUGCCCGAGGUCUUCAGAGAGCUUGGUAUGUUUGACUCCGAUGAAUUCAUGCAAAAACUGGUCACUUUGAAUAGACCACUGAGUGCAAGUAUAGCCAAUAGAAUGUUGUUUUGCUCACUUUCAUUGGCGCUCAUUGUGGGUGAUUUCUUCAAAACUGUCCUUUACCAUAAGAAAUAUACCGAUUUCAGACACCAAGCAAAACCCGCUUUUCUCAAAGAAAAACUAAUGGCAGAAUUAAUAAAUGACGUGGAGCUGUUUGUGGAGAGAUUCAAAAUUAUUAAAAUGCAUGCGCAAGACAUAAAAACUGUCACUGCGGAACGUCUUGAUGCUUGCGAUUUUUCUCCUCAGAGCGCAGAAGAUGCGACACAGGCAACACGUAUCCUCAUGUUUCUGGAGUAUGCCACUUCAGUUUGUCUGGGAUCUGUUGAGCAUCUUUUUGCCCGUUUCAAGGGUGCAGAGUUUCCUCGCGAUAUUCAAGAACCCUUGAACAAUUAUAGAAUUCGAAUACACACUUCAUGGAGGUCAAUUAUCGAUACCAUAGGUUCUCAAAAUAUUGAGAUUGUAUGGCAAAUUCUAGCCACAGGCUCCGUUCUCUAUGUAACUGUGCUCACUGAUCUUUUUGCACAAAAUAGCCGGGAUACAAGGCAAGAUGUACUGCUUGUUCUUAGAGCAUCAAGGAAUUUAGACUGUCUUUCCUCCCUAGAGGAAGCCAUGAGCAAAGCUGUCGAAAUGAGUCGAAUUGUGCGGCAAUUGACCAAACACAGAACAUUCUUUCAGCUCAUGGUAAGAAUCAGCCUUCAGCUCUUUAUGCGUACGUCUCGGAUGGCCAAUGCUGAAUUUUUACAGUUUCUAGAGAGGGAGGACAAGACACUGGUGUCAUCAGCCGAACGAGUUCUUGGAAUGACACACAAUAAUUUUCAAACGUGUUUUGUAACGAAGGAGAAGAGCUCGUACCGCUUAAGCGUUGAGCGCUCUCUUGAACAAGAACAGGCGUUGCCACCACAAUCUUCGGUUCCCCCGGAAUUGAAUAACGAUGUUACGCAACCGGUAACAGGUAGUUGGCCACCUCAAAAUAUCACACCAAAAGAAGACAACCAAGAAUUUGGACAGAAGGUUAAAGAAUCCACUUUUCCCAUGUCACCACCCAUAAAUUUCAAUUUGGGAUCGCUGGACGAUUUCCUGAACUACGGUGGAGACGAUCUUUACAAUAAGCUUUGGGGCGAUAUAAAUAUUGAUGUUCCAGAUUUUCUAUCGCAGCAAGAACCCAGAUGA